AUGACAUAUGUUGCUAACAUCAAUAUAAUGUUACACAUCGCUACAGGUUGUCAGGACACUCCUGUAGGUAUAGCAGACAGUAGUAUUAUACCAGAUGUCAGAUUUACAGCGUCUUCAUAUUACGACACGACAUAUACUCCAAAGAGGGCACGGCUGAAUGGUGGCAUGGGAUGGGCGCCAAAGAAAAAAUUUGACCCUAAUGACUAUCUACAGAUCGACUUGGGUGAAGUGUUUGUUAUCUGUGCUGUGGCUACACAGGGCUAUGGAGCUGGAAGAGAUGAAUGGACUACAGAAUACAAAAUAUCAAUAUCUCUGUUUCGUGGUAAUGCAGAUAAAACUACUGUCGUCAAGAAUAUUCUAGAAUAUCCAGUACUGGUCAGAUACAUCAGGUUUAUACCCACGACGUUUAACAAUUGGAAGGUGCUUCGUGUUGAAUGUUAUGGUAUUAAAAAACGUUGUCAGGACAGUCCAGUUGGUAUAGCAGACAGUAGUAUUAUACCAGAUGACAGAUUUACAGCAUCUUCAUACUAUGACCAUAGAUAUGUUCCUAUGAAUGCUCGUCUGAAUGGAGCAGACAGAGGAUGGAGACCAAGGACAGCAACCGACCCUAAUGACUAUUUACAAAUAGACUUGGGUGAAGUGUAUGCUAUUUGUGCUGUGGCAACCCAGGGCAGUGGAUCUGGGAGAGAUAAAUGGACUGCAGAGUACAAGAUAUCAACAUCAUUAAAUCAAACCAGUUGGACUUCAAUUACGUGGAAAUACAAAACCUGUACCAGUAUGUUGUUUCCUGGUAAUACAGACAGCAAUACUGUUGUCAAGAAUGCUCUAGAUUACCCAGUGCUGGUAAGGUUCAUCAGGUUUAUACCCACACAGUAUCAUAAUUGGAAGGCCUUGCGUAUCGAGGUUUAUGGUAUCAAAAAGCGUUUUUCGUGCAGCUCCCAACCAGUUGGUAUUGGUAGUGGUAAAAUACCAGACAGUAAAAUUACGUCAUCAUCAGCUUACAACAGUACGACGUCACCAUCCAAGGCAAGACUAAACUACAUAGCAGGGUCAUCAUGGUGUGCUGCUAGAAAUGACCCUUCUCCAUAUCUACAGAUUAACUUAGGAUCACCUUACAUCAUUUGUGGUAUAGCAACACAGGGUGACCACAUGACAGACCAGUGGGUACAGUCUUACAACAUGCUCACAUCAAAUGAUGGGUCUACUUUUACUAGAUAUAUGGAAAACAGCCAAGUUAAGUCAUUUACUGGUAACUUCGAGUCUGAUACUGCAGUCAAGAAUCUCUUGUAUGAUGGUAUUGUUACUCAACACAUACGUGUUGCACCCACAAGUCAUUAUGGGAGUACAAGCUGCAUGAGAACAGAACUCUAUGGAAUAAAACAACGUUACGAUGGAGGUACAUAA